CUAACGGACCGAACUGACAGUGAACUAAAGGCUAGCUAACGCUAGGUGUAUGAAACUAGCUAACUUUAACUAACUAAUUUAGUUAACUGGGUUAUAAGACAUUUUAAUUUAACUACAUGUAAUAUAACAACAUGUUGAUUUUUUUUUUUUUACAUUUUUAACAAUCUAGCUAGCUAAUGUGGCUAGUUAUAUUACCUGACGGGUUACAGUGUCUGGAGUCUGGAGCCUGCAUGGAAUCACUGCAUUUAAGACAGGAUUCCUCCCUGGACAUGGCACCAGUCCAUCUCAGGAGGGGCAGGCAGUAGGACCCAGCAGCAGCUCUGUGGUCUGGAGGCUGUAGGCAGGAACAUAAAAAAUGAACACCCCACCCUCCAGCCUGGGAGGAGAAAACAUACUGCAUUCCUGCUGUGGAGGCUGCUGCUCUCUGCUUCCGUAGACUGGUAAAGAGAAGAAGUGUGUUUAUAUGUGCGAGUUUUUAUAAGGAAGGAGUGCAGGGUUGUGUGUGUUUGUGAGGAGUUGGAUUUGCUCUUGUUUUCAGAAAACAGUGGUGGAGGAGUGGCUUGGUCAUCCAAAACACAAGCAAAACUCCAGCAGGAGGGCACUGUCCCAGCAGGGACACCAUGUCCACCAUGUCAUCUCCAAAGCCACAGGAGGGUGUCUGUGGCCUGGCUGAGGUGAUGGGUCCGGAGUCCUGGUCUAAGGUCAGCUGCCCCUGCUGCAUUUCUGCCCAAGUGGAGCCGCUGGUGCUCAUCCAGUUGGCUGAAGACGUCCAGCCAAACACCAAGCAGUGGAUCAUGUCUAUGAUUUCAGCACCUCAGGAAUCUGGAGGGGCAGGACUGCUGGCCCACCCUGGUGAGGAUGCCUCGUGGGGCCGUAUUGUGGUGGCAGCCCCUCGCUGUACCCUCCUGAAGGUCACAGAGGACUUGGGCCUCUGCAAGGCCGACAAAGACGGGAACAUGAUCACAUUUUCCUUUAAUGACCGUGACAAGUUCAGCAAUAUAGAUGACAUGGAGAAGUUUCUGACUUUAGCAGAGCGGCAGUACGUUGUUAAGUGUGGACUGGAGUCCAUGAGAGCCACAAAGGACCUACGCAUUCCUGGAGUAUCGGGAGACAAAGGCGUGCUUAAAUCUAGGCAAAGCAUCUUUCAGAAGCUGCAGAAAGCAAAACUAAUCCUGGAUGUUUUCCCUCUGCGCCAUGAGAGAAAGCUAAAAACCCUUGGUCAGGAGUGGUACUCUCAGAAAAGCCUCUGGGGACAGCCUUUAGAUCGCAUUCAUGCAUACUUUGGUGGCUCCAUCGCAUUUUACUUCAGCUUUUUAGACUUCUACACUUGGGCUUUGGUUCCUCCAGCAGUUGUGGGCCUCUUCAUCACCUUCUUCCUCCCCAGAUGGGGGUCCCCUGAUGUGGAUAAAAUUACCAUCCCUGAUCUUGUAAAUAAGUCUGUAUCUCAGGAUGUGGACGGUGACCAGCUGUCAGUCAGUGGCCUGAUGGUGCAGGCUGUGUUCAGCAUGAUCUGGUCCACUGUGUUUAUGGAGCUGUGGAAGAGACGCAGUGCAGCUCUUUCAUACCGCUGGGGGUGCAUUACAUUGACUGAACGCUUCCAGGAGCCACGGCCAGGUUUCACUGGCGUCCAGGGUAUUAAUCCUGUGACGGGCCGCCUGGAGCCGCUUUUUCCUGACUGGAAAAGGCAGAUGAGGGUGGGGCUGGUGUCCGUGCCUGUAGUGCUGCUCUUCCUUGGCCUGGUGGUGCUCGGUAUGCUGGGAUUUUACUACUUCGAGGCAAUAAUGUCCAGCUACCACAAGGCCACUGGCUCAAUUAUUACAGCAACACUGUCAUACCUGCCUUCCAUCGCCCAUAUCAUCUACACCAACAUGCUGGGAAAUGCCUACAGGAAUGUAGCACAGCGGCUAACAGACUAUGAGAACCACAGAGAAGAAUCAUCCUACCAGAAUCAUCACACCACAAAAGUUCUUGUGUUUACCUUUUUUAAUAACUUUGCAGUGCUGUUCCACAUUGCCUUUUACAAGCAGGACCUGAACCUCGUACGCAAGAGGCUCUCGUCACUGCUGAUUCUUUCUCAGAUAGUGAACCAGUUCACUGAGGUUUUUGUGCCGUAUAUUGUGGACCGUUUCUACAGCUCACCAGAGAAGGAACUGAAGGAGGACGACCCGGAGGCUGAUCACCUGCAGGCUGAGGGCAGCCUGCCUGCAUUUCCUGGUCUAUUUGCUGAGUAUAUCGAGCUGUUGGUGCAGUUUGGUUAUCUGAGUUUGUUCUCAUGUGUGUAUCCGCUCACUGCUGUGCUUCUGCUGCUGAACAACAUCACUGAGAUUCGUGGAGAUGCCUAUAAAAUCUGCCGUCUGUUCAGAAAGCCUUUCUCACCCCCUGAGACUGGCAUGGGGGUGUGGCAGGCCGCGUUUGAGCUGCUGGGGUUUGUAUCUGUCGUGUCGAACUGCUGGCUGCUGCUCUUAGCUCCACGGGUUAAAGCCUUCACUCAGGACGCUGGGCUCAGUCCCGCUGCUGUGCUUGUCUACGCCAUUCUGGUGGAGCAUGCGCUGAUCAUCAUAAAGCUUAUUUUAGCGUUUAUGAUACCUGAUGAACCGGACUGGGUCAGAAUCAAAAGGGAACAGAUUGAAUAUCGCUCAAUGAAGGCUGUCAGUCAACAAAAAGUGAAACGUGUUCCCACAUCUGAGCUUCUUCCCUUGAAAUCCUGAGCAGUCCAGCUGUGUGAUCAAAGGAACGCUGAUGCAAGUGUUGUGUUGCCUUCGCUUUCAGUCAUUGUUUACUUAGCUUGCUGCUGCACCACAAGGUGUAGCGUUUUUGAGGGUUGUGCCUGUGCCUGCAGAGAAAAUGUGGACCAGCUUAGGAAGUUGGACUGUGUGUCUCCUCUUGGAGGACUCCUGUGGUAAAAGGCUUUUAAAAAUCAGGUGAUUUUUAUUUAUGUACAGUACACUCACUGUCCACUGUAUUAAAAACUCUUCUUUCCUAGCUCAGCCUUGUAUAUUAUACAUCUGGUGUUGUUAAAUGUGUUAAUGCAGUGUAAUAGCCAUCCUCUGGCUCUUUAUCAGAGGUUAGUGGCUUACCACAAGCAGUCCUUUGCAGGAUAUUUGUAAUGUAUUGUAUUGUAUUGUAUUCUAUAGUCUCACUCUCAUCUUAGUAAUGAAAUAUUACUUCUAUGCCUGUUACAACUGUACAAGCACCACACACACAACAAUGUCAGUUUCACUGCCACACAUAGAAUGGUCCAGAACCCAGUGUCUGGGUAAUAAUAUCUUGUCUGCAGAAUGUUACUAAAAUUGAUACAGAGGGAAUAGAGGGAAGUCGUCAUGAAUUGCGCAUAAUAACAGAUUUGUAAUCUGUAAUUGGGUAUAACACCUACAUAAUGAAUCAUAAAGUAUGGGAAGCUUAAAAAGUGGUUAGUUAGGUGAUGUAGAAGCUAUGAAUUUUAAUAAAGUGGACAGUCAGUGAGCUUAAUGUUCCAGUGCAGUGGAAGGAAACCCAUUGUACUGCAGGGAAUCCUUACCUGAUGUUAGAUUUCUAACCCACACAUCUGGGUUCAGCUGUGGUGUUUUAAAACUUGUUUUAUUUUUAAUACAAAGUUAGUUCAUUUGAGAAAGUGGUAUAUGAAUAAUAGUUUAUUACACUGAACUGUGCUAUCAUGCAUAAAAGGUUUUUUACCACAAAGAGGCAGACAAAUCACAUCAAUUUUAUGCUUAUGCAUUUAUCGAGUGAGUGUGUUACGGAGGAGUGUGUUAAUAUACUGCAUUUCAACUUGUAUUAUCGCACUGUAUCUUCUAGCAACCAAAGACUUCUUUGCUAGCAGCAGUACCUGCCUUACAAAGCCUCACUUACUGUUAUGUGGUUGUCUAGCAUUUGCGAUGCGUUGCCUUCACUAAAUUAUACAUGCAGUGCUGAAGGGUGCUUUAGAGUGCAGCUAUUAUAAGAAACCAAACUGCAGAAUGAAAGUGCAAUCACACCAAGUGCUGCAACGAGUCACCGAGCUAUAGAGCCUUGUACUGACGAUAAAUAAAAAACAACAUGAAUUUUA